CGAGGAGUCGCUGAAACGCCGCCAUUAAAUCUGUGCGCUAUCGUUUGUUCGCGAGCUCGCAUCGAUCCAGUAGUCGUGUUCUAGUCCUUGUCUCGUAUGCUAGUGCACUCUUCGGCCAAAGCUGAAAGAGAAAUUAACUGAAAUUGUUGAAUUUUAAUAUUUAGAAUUAGAGCAAAAUGUCUGUCCCUGACAAAGAUGAGCUAGUGCAGAGGGCAAAACUCGCAGAACAGGCCGAAAGGUACGAUGACAUGGCUUCGGCUAUGAAAUCAGUCACAGAAACCGGAGUAGAAUUGAGCAAUGAAGAACGAAACCUCCUUUCUGUCGCGUACAAGAAUGUCGUUGGUGCCAGGAGGUCGUCGUGGAGAGUUAUUUCUUCAAUUGAACAAAAGACUGAGGGCUCAGAACGCAAACAGCAGAUGGCCAAAGAAUACCGAGAAAAGGUCGAAAAAGAAUUACGGGAGAUCUGUGACGACGUCCUCGGUCUUCUUGAUAAAUACUUGAUCCCCAAAGCAAGCAACGCUGAAUCAAAAGUUUUUUACUUGAAAAUGAAGGGAGAUUACUACCGGUAUUUGGCCGAAGUAGCCACAGGAGACACAAGAAACGCCGUCGUCGAUUAUUCACAAAAGGCAUACCAAGACGCUUUUGAAAUCUCAAAGGCAAAAAUGACGCCCACACAUCCCAUCAGAUUAGGUCUUGCCCUAAACUUCUCCGUUUUCUAUUAUGAGAUAUUAAAUUCACCAGACAAGGCUUGUCAGUUAGCUAAACAGGCCUUCGAUGACGCAAUAGCAGAACUCGAUACCUUAAAUGAAGACUCUUACAAGGAUAGCACUCUCAUAAUGCAGCUCCUCCGAGACAACCUCACACUCUGGACAAGUGACACGCAGGGCGAAGCGGAUGAGCCUCAAGAGACUGGUGAUAAUUGAAGUGUGGCGUCCGUUUUAAAAUUAUUCGUUAAAAAUGAAGUUUCAUGUAAGUUAACGUAUUCGUGGAACUUGGUUGUGAAAUUUCAUUGACAGUUUUAAGCAAAGUUUCACCUGAUGAAACUUGAUAUUUAACAAUGUUUUUAGGAGAUGUGUAAAUCGUUAAAAUUUAAUUACAUUUUCACACAACCAAAACAAUGUCAGCCACAAAUAAGUUUAAUUAAGUAAAAAAUCAUCAUUGAUCAAAUUUACCGGAAGUUGUGUGGUUCAGUGUAUUUCUUGGCAUUGCAUUAAUUUUUUCUUUUAUGUUUUUUUUCUUUAUUUUGUAAUUAGUGUUUCAUUUUUUCCAUAAAUGUAAUUUAUUUGAAA